AUGAAAAAGGAAGUACCUGAGCUUCCCAAAGACAAAGUCCAAGCCCAAGCUUUGAAGACCAAGAAAGCCAUGUUCACAGGUACUUGUAGCCAUACACAAAAAGAUCCAAAUGACAGCCACCAUUCUGGCUGCUCAAGACACUUGACUGAAGGUGGUGCAAAUACCCUUGGAAGAGCACCUCAAGGAGAAACAAGCUUGACCACUAUUAACUUCCCCCUUCCUCCUGUGUCAGCCACAAAGAAGACAGAAGACAGCAACACACUUGUGAAUGUCAAGACCAACAAGCACAGGAUCAAACAGGGCAUGAAAAAGGUCCAUGAUAUUAACUGA